AUGGAAUUAGCGGCGAGUCCUAAGGUGAUCAGUGUGUACCUCAUUGGACAAACCCUAACUCUUUUACAGACAUGCUACUCUCAGUGCUUCGACCCAAAGACUUUAAUCAUUAGCAAUUAUGAAAACCCCUCAGUACCUGGUUUUAACCUUUUGAACAAUGCUGGAAUAAGAAUGUGCAUGAUGGUUUGUAACAAAUUUGAGUUGUGUCGCUCAGUGGAUUGGAUACGCGAAAAAAAGAUAUGCCGGAUAAACACAAGAUUUGCCACAAAAAAUGUCAGUGGAUUAAUGACCGAAGGUCGCACCAUUCAUGUUGACCGAGAAAAUUUUCCGAAGCACCUGGCUGCCGAUUGUCCCAAGCAUGCCUGUACCGAGGAUGCCAUUUGUCUUCGGGGCAACUGUAUGCCUGUUUUAAAAGAAAAAAUAUAUAAAGAUUGUUCAGAUAUUGUGAAAAGAAACCCAAGCAAGAAAGGACAAAAUGGAGUGUAUGUUAUUUACCCUGACAUUCUGAGAGAAGUCUUCUGUGACAUGACGACUGAUGGAGGAGGGUGGACGGUUAUUCAGAAACGACAGGAUGGUGACGUCGAUUUUUACAGGACAUGGAUAGAGUAUAAAAACGGAUUUGGGAAUGCCACUAAAAAUUAUUGGAUAGGGAAUGAAGCAAUCUACGCCUUAACAAAGGAUAAAAACCAAGAACUCCGUGUUGAUCUCCACAGACAUAAUGGAGAACAGGCCUAUGCUUUAUAUACCACAUUUUACCUCGGAGACGAAAACAAUAAAUAUACCCUUACAGUAUCUGGAUAUAACGGAACAGCGGGAGACAGUUUGGAUUAUCACAAUGGUAUGAAAUUCAGCACAAAGGACCAAGACAACGAUAACGGGAGUGGUUUUAGUUGUGCUACAGACCGACACGGAGCCUGGUGGUACAACAGCUGUGACCACUCAAACCUUAACGGACAGUACGCCACAUCAGCUGUGUCUGGUGACAAAUACCCGGUAUGGGAUCACUGGAAAGGAUGGGAAGCAUUAAAGCAGACUGUGAUGAUGAUAAGACACAAAAACUAG